CCACCACACAAUGUCGUCAGCACCACCAACCGCGGCCAACAUGGGCUCCGACUUGAAAGACAGCACCGCACCUCAAAAGGUCAAGCCGUGUUGCGUAUGCACCGAGCAAAAGGCAAAGCGCGACGAGUGCAUGUUGUUCUCCACCUCCAACGACGCCCAGAAGGAAUGCGCCGACCUCGUAGGACAGUACAAGCAGUGCAUGGCCGGAUACGGCUUCAAAAUAUAAGCUCCAUUUUGACAGAUGUAUGAUACGAUACGAGGAACGAUAAUUGUACAACAUCGAGCAUGGCAUGGCGCAAUACUUGGGGGCUACAUGCGACAUUGAAUGUACAGUAUAGGAACGGUCAUGCUUCUCUCUCCAAAUCUAGAUGGGUAUCUUGU